AUGCCGGACUUUAAGCCUGGCCAGAUAGUCCAGCUGAGCGACGGCCGCAAGGCAACGGUUCGAUUUGCCGGCCAGACCAACUUCCAGGUUGGCGAGUGGAUUGGCGUUGAACUUGAGGACAAGACUGGAAAGAAUGAUGGCAGCGUUCAGGGAGUCAGGUACUUUGAUUGCCCCGCGGGCUACGGCAUGUUUGUCAAGCCCAUGAUGGCGACAAUCAUUGCACAGGCUCCAAGUACCAAGCCGGUUGGCCGCAAACCAGCGCGCCCAAGCAGCUUUCAUCCGGCAUCGGUCAAGGCUGCUCCCAGCGGGGAUGUUGCGCUAGCCAAGCGGAGGAGUUUGAACGCUCCCAGUCCCAGUCCAGUUCCCAAGUCUCGUCCUACCAGUCUUGUGAGGUCUCCCGCAAAGUCUCCAACAAAGCAGCUCAGCGCCGCAUCCAGUGCUUCUGCUUCUCGAACCGGCACGCCUUCAAAUGCACGAGUUUCAUCAGCAUCUGCGGUUGGAGCCGCCCGAGCUAGAACAUCCGUCAGUGGACAGCGAACUUCGAUGGGACCGCCGGCCGUCCCUGCUUCGCGAACAGCACGAGUAUCGUCAAUAUCCUCUACAACAGCCCGCGCCAGCGGAGCUCGUCCCCCCCAAUCUAUGCGUACUGUUUCACGACCAGACUCUGGACGUCGGCCGUCGGCCGAUUCACAAGCGGGGCGUGACAGUGGUUCAGCCGAUGAUACUGGUCCAGGUUCUCCCAUUAAGAGUGAUGGGGAGAUUCUGUCACCGCAGCCUACGAGUCCAGUGGCAGGAAGGGCAAAAGCUCUCAAAAAAAUUGCCGCUGCUACGUCUCCUGGAACGUCAUCUACUCCCCCACUGUCAAAACGGACAACUGCUGCUGUUACGACCCAAAGAUCUGCUCCGAACUCCGCCUUGAAUCGCGAAAAUGAGGAUUUGAAAGCGAAGCUCAAAGUGCUUGAACGUAAGCGCCUCGAGGACAGGGACAAACUAAACCAACUGGAUAGGGUCCAAAGUGAACGAGACAAGUUUGAGGGCAUUAUCCAGAAACUCCAACAAAAAUACCAACCCCAGCAACAAGAGAAUGCGGAGCUGCGAAAACAAAUGAAGGAGGCGGAAGCCAGAUUUAUAUCCAUCGAAAAGGAGCAGGCAGAUCUCGAGGCUGAGCUUGAACUGUCUGUAGUCAACAGGCAGAUUGCUGAGUUGGAUCUUGAAGACUCGCAGUCGCAGGUAGAGGCGCUGAAACUGAAAACAGAAGAGUUGGAGCUCAAGGUUGAACUUCUUGAAGCCGAGAACUCUGAUUAUUGCAAAGGAAUGUCACCGGAAGAACGCGCCAGUGCUGGCUGGAUGCAGAUGGAGAGCGCAAAUGAGCGGCUGCGUGAGGCCUUGAUAAGGUUGCGCGACAUAACACAAGAUCAAGAGAAAGAACUGCGGGACCAGAUCGCUGGACUCGAGGAAGAUAUCAAGGAGCUCGGGCCAGUCAAGGAACAGCACGAUUUGACAAAAGAGAAACUGGCCCGAUCUGAACAGGUCGUUGAACAGCUUAAGGAACAACUUAACGACGCUCUUGGGGCCCAGAGUAUGAUUGAAGAAUUGUCUGAACAAAACAUGGAUAUGUCUUCAAUGAUAGAAAAACUCAAACUCGAGAUUACAGAGCUUGAGACUCUAAAAGAGAUCGACGAUGAAUUGGAAGCUAAUCAUGUGCAGCUGGAGAAGCAGAUGCAGGAAGAGUUGGACAUUAGAGACACUAUUAUCUCGGAACAAGUACAAAGGGCUGGAAGACAACAAGCGGAGCUUGACGAUAGGGCGCACACGAUAUUACGAUUCCGAGAACUUGUGGAAAGCUUGCAGGCUGAUUUGGAUGACAUGAGAGCCUCGCAGGCGGUAACCGAAGGCGAAUCGGAGAAACUGAAUGACCGCUCAAGAGCCAUGAUGGAUUUGAACAUGAAGCUUCAAAUCUCCGUCGCAAAGGCACAAGUCAAGACCAUCGAUUUGGAGCUUCGCCACCUCGAUGCCCAGGAAGCAGAGCAACAUCUCGAGAUUGUCAAGCUAUUCCUCCCCGACACGUAUCGGGAAGACCAGGACUCGGUUCUUGCAUUGCUUCGGUUCCGAAGAUUGGCAUUCAAGGCAAAUCUCGUCAAUGGACUUAUCAAAGAGCGUAUCAAUGGGCAGCCCCGACCCGGCCAUGAAGAUGACUUACUUGCUGGAUGUGAUGCAGUUGACAAGCUGGUGUGGGUGGCGGCAGUGUGUGAUCGCUUCAUCAACGACAUUAGUCACUGCACCACUGAGCAAUUCUCGGCAUAUCAGAACUCCUUGCUCGAGCUCGAGCCCGUUGAGCGCGCGUUGAACAGCUGGAUUGAUGGUCUUCGUCGUGACGAUCUCAAGGAAAAGAAGUGCGCUGAAGAGCUGCAACGAACAAUUGCCCUCAUGUCACAUUUGGCAGAGGUGCAUAUCUCCAACGGCCUUCCUAGUUUUGCCGACUAUGUAUACAUGUCGUCUUUAGUUGUGCAAAGCCACCUCGACUCGGCUGCAAUAGCCUUCAAUACAAUAAGAGCCAUGGUUCAGCGCGCAAUUCCUUCUGAAGCUGAAGGCAAUGAGAUGAACCAGCUCUUUGCGAAAAAGUUUGACAUGGCCAUAACACAAACAAGAAGCACCAAGGUCAUUGCUGGUAAAGCGGUUCGUGCCUUGGAGGAUUUGAAGACCCGCUCGCUCUCACUACUCCCGGAUACGAAACCGGUUUUUGAGCAAUGCGAGCAUAACAGCCGAGAGCUGGCAAACAUAGCCCGAGCUAUUGGCAACCACAUUCACUUGCUGCUUACCCAAGAUGAAGGACGGGCGGAGCCGUUCACGUACGGCGAGAUUCAGAGCGCCAUUCACCAAGCUGUGUUGGAUGCUACCUCUGCCUCCGAAUCCGAAACGUUCUCUGCGUACUUUGCCAAGUUGCGCAUAGUGACUGGUCAGAUCAACGACGUGGCUGCUCUAGCAACGGACCUCGACCAGACCGAAGAGUUUGACGUUCAUCCUGCGCCAUGGAAACUGCGGUCUCAAGAGCUCAAGGUGCUCAAGACAGUACCCGCCGACGCCGAAGAAGAGCUCCGGCGCCUUAGGGAGGAACACAACGAAGCUCGGAGAACAAUUGCCCAGCGGGAUGAGCACCUCAGCACCGCUGUUCUCAAGAUUGACACACUCGAGUCACGCAUGCGCGAUGCUCAGGCUAAUAUUGAACGCAUUAGCAGUCUCCAGAAGCAACUCGAGGCAUCUGGUGAACAAGUCACCAUCCUCAAAGAGGACAUUGAGAAACAAGAUCGAGAACUCAAGGGCCUUGAGUCUGAGCGUGACAAAUGGAAGAAGAUUGCAAGCGACAGCCGAGCCUAUGCAGAUGGUGCGGAUGCGGCUGGUAUGAAGGCCGGCCAAGAGCGGGCAGUGGCAACUGCUCACGAGAUGGAUGCCCUGAAGAAGGACAUUGAAGGCCUACAGUCAGCUGUGCGAUACUUGCGAGAAGACAACCGUCGGGCACGAAUGACUGAACAGCAGAAUUACGACUGGCUGGCAGAGCCGCUCAAGAAACCUACAAGCACAAGAGAACAGCGCAAAGCACUCGUCGUCGCAGAAGCCAAGGAUGUCCUGGGCGAGCUCGUCAAGAUGGCCACAACGUCCAAGAUAUUUGACUUUGGCACACUGCCCAAGGACAAGCUCGCGUGGAAGCCUGCCAAGUCUACCCCUCAAUAUCUCGCCGCUAAGCAGAUGGAAGACUUUGCCGCCUGGAAUGCCUGGCAACGCUCCGUUCUUCGAAAGUCAUCCAUGCUACGCACGCCCGAUGUCGGCAAGGGCCUUCUUCGGAACCCAGCUGCGCAGCUGCAAAUACGACUGCCUGGGCCCGAUGGCAAGAUAAAGACCGGAUCAGCACUUGGCUGUGACGUUCAGGUUGUGGGGUCUCGGGAAUGGGAGGCACUACAGAGCAGUAGGAUUGCUGUGUAG